CUUUGGGCCCCGGGCCCUGGCUUCAGCCUCAGAGUGUGUGACCUCCAUGUUUAAUGUGUAUAGAGGCCCUUUGCAGGCAUAUCCUCAGCUCUCUCCAGUGCUCAACACAUAGUCCCUGCUCCAGGGCAGCCAUGAGCCUGGUGGCCCGUGAGUGUCCCCCUGGCCCUGGCCUGGACCCCAAGCCUUGCUCAUGAGUGUGGUCCCAGGCCCUAGUGUACCUGGAGCAGAUUUGCAACCAGGUCACUCCGGGGGCACCUGACAUGACCAAGCGCGACUACCUGGUGGAUGCAGCCACACAGAUCCGGCUGGCCCUGGAGCGGGAUGUCAGUGAGGACUAUGAAGCAGCCUUCAACCACUACCAGAAUGGCGUGGACGUGCUGCUCCGAGGCGUAAAUGUCGACCCCAACAAGGAGAGAUGUGAGGCUGUAAAGCUGAAAAUUACCAAGUACCUGCGGCGGGCGGAGGAGAUCUUUAAUUGCCACCUGCAGAGGACGCUGGGCAGUGGAGCCAGCCCUGGCACGGGUUUUAGCAGCCUGAGGCUGCGGCCCAUCCGCACACUGAGCUCUGCCCUAGAGCAGCUGAGAGGCUGCAAGGUGGUUGCUGUCAUCGGGAAGGUGCAGCUGGUCCAGGACCCAGCGACUGGAGGGACCUUCGUGGUGAAGAGCCUGUCCAGGUGCCACACGGUGAGCCGGGAGAGGCUGACCAUCAUCCCACACGGCGUCCCCUACAUGACCAAGCUGCUGCGGUAUUUUGUGAGCGAGGACUCCAUCUUCCUGCACCUGGAGCAUGUGCAAGGUGAGGGGGCCCUGUCAGCUCCUCAGGCCUUUGGGAUGUCGUCCUGUCUCAUCCUAUUAAGCUGCCGAACCCAGAUGCCCAGCACAGACCAGGGGACCCAGCCUUCCUGGAGGAUGAUGGCUGCUGGGGGCUUCUGUGUGGUGCCAGGGGGCAGGGGACGUCCUGGGAGGAUGUUCACAUCUUGGGCGGGUGAGAGGGCAUUUAUGCAGAUGUCCCCUUUGUCACCCUCUCCUCCAGUCUUGGCUCUUUUCACUUUUCUAGUCUGUGCCCACCCCUCAGAGUGGCCCCAUGGGGUGAUGGUGCUGAAGCUGUAAGGACAGGAACUGGGUCAUGUAGCAGAUAUUUAUUGAUCAGCUAUGAUUUUUUUUUAAAUGAGGUACACAUCUCUGGGUCAUGACAUACAGUCAUCGCAGGUCCAUGCCUGGCCUUGUUUUUAUUUUACUUACUUAAGCUUCAUUACACUUUUCUCCCUUAAAAAAAAUUAUAAUACAUUGAACACUGGCGA